CAAGGAGGCCGAGGCUGGGCAGCAGCAGGGGACGGAAGCGCCUGGACUUCCUCCUCCUGCCUCUCCCCCUCUGAUUGGCUUCUUGCUUGGGCAGCAGCUCAGGAAAGCCUUGAAUGGGCGCCGCUGCCAGCGGGAGAGCCGGCUCCUGGCCUCGCAACAGCAGCAUCCCCUGGGCAGCAGCAGCCCCAGCAGGAAGCCAGCCAUGAAGUCCUCUGCUGCAGUGCUCCUGGCCACCUUCCUGGCUCUGACCGCCUACUAUGCCUACCUGCCUUUGCCCAGCACCGUCUCCGAGCCUUGGAGGCUCAUGCUCUUGGAUGCUUCCUUCAGGGUCGCCCAGCAAACGUGUAACCUGGCACAUUUCUUGGGACUUGGCCAUCAUCUGAGACUUUUGAAUUAUAUGAUUGGUGCGUUUGACCAGCUGAAUCCCCAGUCCUCUGAAGGAGUGAAAAUAACAGAUACUCAGUUUGAUGGUGUCGAGGUCAGAGUGUAUGAACCCUCUGAAGAAGGAGAGAAGACACUGAAGCCUAGUGUAGUCUACAUCCAUGGAGGAGGAUGGGCGUUGGCCAGUGCAAGAGGAAGCUACUACAAUAAUCUGUGCUCGAUUAUGGCUGAAUCACUGGAUGCUGUCAUUGUCUCAAUUGAAUACAGACUAGUACCAGAUUUCCACUUCCCUGUGCAGUUCAAUGAUGUUCUACGUGCUGUAAAGCACUUCAUGCUUCCUGAGGUCUUGGCACACUAUUCCGUUGAUCCCAACAGAGUUGCAAUUUCUGGUGACAGUGCAGGAGGAAACUUGGCAGCUGCUGUGUGUCAAGAGAUGACUCAAGAGGAGAAUGUCACCAACCGGUUUAAACUGCAAGCUCUCAUCUAUCCUGUCCUCCAGCCAUUUGAUUUCAACACUCCCUCAUACCAACAGAAUGAAGUCACACCUGUCCUUUCCCGCUUUGUCAUGGUGAAGUUCUGGAUUGACUAUUUCAAUGGGGACUAUGAUUUUGCCUUGUCUAUGGUGAUCAACAAUCACACUGCCCUUGAUGUGGACCAUGUCAAUCCCUUCCGAGAACGGUUGGAUUGGACUUUCCUCGUGCCUUCAAGGUUCAGAAAGAACUACAAACCUGUAAUGCCCACAACAGGAAAGGCAGAAAUAAUCCAAGCUAUACCUGAACUGCUUGAUGUCCGUGCAGCUCCAUUGCUAGCUGAGCGAGAGGUCUUUCGCCUCCAGCCUAAAACUUACAUCUUGACCUGUGAGAUUGAUGUACUGAGAGAUGAUGGGUUGAUGUAUGCCAAACGACUGGAGAAAGCUGGGGUGGAGGUAACUGUGGAUCACUUUGAAGACUGCUUUCAUGGCUGCAUGAUCUUCACCGUUUGGCCUACCAAUUUUUCUGCUGGGCAUCACACUAGGGACAGCUAUAUCAAGUGGCUAAGUGAAAACUUAUGAAAUAAGAGGGCUCUUUCACCAUCUGUACAAACCAGCCAACCCUAAGGGGUCUCAAAGCUAUGUGUGCUCCUUUUACAAUAUUUUGCCAUCUGUUUUAAGCUCUCAUGGAAGGGUGUCAGUUAAAGCCUAGCCUAGCCUGUGUGGCCCAUAUGUAUGUCAUAUGACUUGCUUAGACUCUUAAAUUGCUGUUUUGUCAGAACCCAUUUGUGAGCCAAAAACCUAAUCUAUCAUGCAGGAGAAAGAGGUGAGAGACUAGGCAGUUGCAAUUCAGACUCUUGAGUGGGGCAGAAUGUCAUUUCUGAAUGUUUUUCCCCCAUGUAAAAAUUCACUUUAAGUGGAACAUCAAUAUAUCAUCAGGAAGGAGUAUGUCUAGUUUUCUACUUA